AUGUCAGACCCCAAACCGCAAGCCCACGAGGGCGAGGAUACCAAGGACAUUGGGGGUCCUCUGGAAAACACACCUUCUUACGGUCAGGAAAAGCCAGAGAUAACCCCCAACCUGUCCAAUGUUGCAGCUCUCGGCCUUCCAAACGCCGCCGAGCUCGAGAAGAAGAUUGUUCGCAAGCUCGACAUGUUCAUGCUUCCCCAGCUUUGGAUUCUCUACAUGUUCAACUACCUCAACCGCACAAACAUCGCUCAGGCCAGACUCAACACCUUCAAUCAGGAUCUCAACCUCAAGGAUGGUGAUUACCAGACUGCUGUUGCGAUUCUCACUGUCGGAUACAUGCUUGCCCAGCUGCCUUCCAACAUGUUGAUCACCCGUGUUCGACCCUCCAUCUACCUCCCUGUCGCUGCCUUCAUCUGGUCUGCCAUUUCUGCCAUGACAGUGCUCUGCACGAGUGCUGGUGGACUUUGGGCCGUGCAGUUUGUUCUCGGUAUCGUCGAGGCACCUUUGUUCCCUGGUGCCGUCUUCCUCAUGUCCUGCUGGUACACCCGUCGCGAGUUCGCCCUCCGUGUCGCUCUUCUAUACUCUGGUCUCGUCCUCGCCCAGGCCUUUUCUGGUCUCAUUGCAGCUGGUGUUUUCAGCGGUCUUGAUGGCCCCAUGGGUCUGGCUGGUUGGAAGUGGCUUUUCAUCCUCGAAGGUGCCAUGAGUGGAUUCUUCGCCAUUACCGCUUACUUUGUUCUACCCAACUACCCCGAAUCUCCCACCGGUGGCGCUAUGCGGUACAUGACUGAGGACAUGCGCAAGGUUGCUGCUGCCCGUAUCCUCGAUGACCGAGUUGAGAUUCACGAGAAGUCAACUGUCUGGGUUGGACUGAAGCUUGCUGUCAUCGAUAUCAAGCUUUACAUGUUCCUCUUUAUGAACAUCUUCAUCACCUCUUCCUACGGAUUCAACAACUUCUUCCCCACUAUUGUUCGAGGACUUGGCUUCGGUAACAGUGUUACAUCUCUCCUCAUGACUGCUCCCCCCUACAUUUUCGGUACCCUGUGCACCUUUUACGUAUCAUGGGACUCGGAUCGUCGCCAGGAACGAGGACUUCACAUUGUGAUUCCCCUCUCGUGCUCCGUCGCCGGUUUCAUCGUGACCGUUGCGACCGGAAACGCAGCCGUCCGCUAUGCCAUGACAUUCCUCUACGCGGCUGGUUGCUUCUCUGCCAACACUCUGCAGUACACCUGGGCUGUCUCUACCAUGAGUCAGACACCCGAGAAGCGAGCUGCCGCUGGUGCCAUUGUCAACAUCUUUGGACACUUGGGCAAUGUUAUCUCGCCUUACUUCUUUCCCGACAAGGAUCAGCCUCGCUACACUAUGGCCAUGAUUCUUCAGAUUGUGUUUGCCAGUCUCGGUAUCACGCUUGCUACUCUCAUCAAGUGGUUCCUUACCAAGAAGAACAAGAAGAUUAGGUCUGAGGCUGACCGUCUGGGCGUUGACUUCAACCCCUUCACUACUUAA